UUGACAUUUGAAGAUCAUCAGAAGGGAAGAUAAAACAUGUCAAAAAUUGUAAUAGCCUCCACUUCUCAUUCAGAGAAUUCAGUGCAUACAAAAUCAGCUUCUGUUGUAUCAUCAGAUUUCAUUUCAACUUCUGCCAACAACUUUUCUCCUGAUUUUAGGGUCCUAAGGGAGCCUAACAAGUUAGCAGAAAUGGAGGAACCACCCUUGCUUCAAGGAGAAAAUAUUAAAGACACGGCCAAAGAUGUACCUUAUAUAUGUCCAUUCACUGGUGUUGUACGAGGAAUUCUGACUGGCACAAAUCAUAGGUUAUAUUUUAAAACCAUGGAACAGGAUCCCCCAAUUUUUUUAGAUGCUUCUCUUGGUGUGAUAAGUAGAGUAGAAAAAAUUUGUAGUGCUUCUAGUCGAGGUGAAAAUUUUUAUGGACUAGAAACUGUGUGUAAGAAUAUUGGGAAUGUACGAUAUGCUCAUAAACCUCAGGGGCAAACAAGAAUAUCCAUGUUUGAGAAUCUAAUGAAUUAUGAAUUUCCUGUCUCUACUAACCUGCCUCUUUUUGUUUUUGAAUACAAAGAAGUAGUCCCUGAAAAUGGGUGGAAGCUAUAUAUAUAUAUUUUAGAGUAUAGAAGGCAAGGAAUUCCAAAUGAAAGCUGGAGAAUAACAGAGAUAAAUGAACGAUAUGAACUUUGUGAUACAUACCCCGCCCUCCUGGUUGUGCCAGCAAAUAUUCCUGAUGAAGAAUUAAAGAGAGCGGCAUUCUUCAGAUCAAAAGGACAUAUCCCAGUUUUAUUAUGGAUUCAUCCUGAAAGUCAUGUCACAAUCACUCGGUGUAGCCAGCCCAUGGUUGAAGUGAGUGGAAAGUGAAACAAAGAUGAAAAAUACCUUCAAGCUAUCAUGGAUUCCAAUGCCCAAUCUCACAAAGUCUUUAUAUUUGAUGCCCAGCCAAGUGUUAAUGCUGUUGCCAAUAAGGCAGAGGGUGGAGGUUAUGAAAGUGAGGAUGCCUAUCAAAAUGCUGAACUAGUUUUUCUGGAUAUCCACAAUAUUCAUGUUAUGAGAGAAUCAUUACAAAAACAUAAGGCGAUUGUGUACACCAACAUUGAGGAAACUCACUGGUUGUCUAACACAGAAUCUACUCAUUGGCUAGAACAUAUUAAGCUUAUGCUUGCAGGGGCUCUUAGGAUUGCUGACAAGGUAGAGUCAGGGAAGAUGCCUGUGGUAGUGCAUUGCAGUGAUGGCUGCGAUCGCACAGCUCAGCUCACUUCCCUUACCAUGCUCGUGUUGGGUGGAUACUAUCUAACCAUCCGAGGAUUUAAAGUCCUUGUGGAGAAAGAAUGGUUAAGCUUUGGACAUGGAUUUCAAGUAAGAGUUGGCCAUGGAGAUAAGAAUCAUGCAGAUGCAGACAGAUCACCUGUUUUUCUUCAAUUUAUUGACUGUGUCUGGCAGAUGACAAGACAGUUUCCUACCACAUUUAAAUUCAAUGAGUAUUUUCUCAUUACCAUUUUGGAUCACCUCCGCUGCUUAUUCAGAACACUCCUCUGUAACAGUGAACAACAAAGAGGAAAAGAGAAUCUUCCUAAAAGGACUCUGUCGCUGUGGUCUUACAUAAAUAGCCAACUGGAAGACUUCACUAAUCCUCUCUGUGGGAGAUAUUCCAAUCAUGUCCUUUAUCCAACAGCCAGCAUUCACUGCCUAGAGCUCUGGGUGGGAUAUAACAUAAGGUGGAAUCCACGGAUGAAACCACAGGAACCUAUUCACGACAGAUAUAAAGAACUUGUUGCUAAACGAGCAGAGCUUCAGAAAAAAAGUAGAGGAACUACAGAGAGUGAUUUUAACAGAUCAACCUCAUCCUCAGAGAGAGCCCGCUCUCCUGCACAAUGUGUCACUCCUGUCCAAACUGUUGUAUAA